AAGUUUAAAAUAUUUAAGUCUAUAUUCUAAUAGAAUUUAAAUACACACAUUUUAAUGGUUAAUGAAAAUAAAGAAGACAAUUAUGCAACUAAAUCACAACAAAACAAAAAUAAAUCGAGCGAUACUCUAGCAUCAGCCGCUUUCUUAACAUGUGUUGCGGCUGGUGCUGGCAUAUUCACGUUUGCGUCAACUUUGGCGUCAGCUCGUAAAACAGAUCCCAAUAUGUUCUCUAAAGGUCAAAUCCCCCCAGCACCCUCGGCUGAAACUGGUGUGCAACUAGCUAUCAGAGCUUUAAAAUGGGGAACUUUCUAUGCAUUUGGUGGCUGUGGUUUGUUUUUCUACGGUGUAUGGAAAAUGAGUGGUGCUAAUGAUAUGCAUGAAUUCAGAAUGAAAAUAGGUUCAUUGCUUCCAAGACUUACUCCAACUGUUCAUAAAUCUCGAACAGAGUUUGAAGGAUUAACUGAUCUAAUGACAUAUUUAGCUACAGAUUAUUCUGGACAAACAUCUAAAACAAAAAUCACUAAUGAAUCAACUAGUUCUACAGAUGAAAUACCCAAAAAUUGAUAGAAACAUUGUAAUAUAUUACAUUUAAUAAAGUUAAUUGUUCAUAUUGGAUAAACAAAUAA